AUGCCUCUUGUCAGGUCGCAAUGCGCAAGGUCUCAAUCUGUUCCUCCCCUUGUCCCCCACCCAGUGGAGGUUUUGCCCCUGUUAUCCUCACAGGCUGAGAUAGUGUAUCAGCAGGUCUGGCAUGUCAUUGUGGUAGUGGAGCAAGAAAUGAGGCCCAUGAGCCAUCAGACCUCUUUGGAGAAUAGGAAGGAGCUGUGUAGGGCACAGUCACCCCAGUCCAGUCAGAUGCCUGCUAAGGAUACAUCCAAAUUGCCUCAGUCACAGUUGCCCAAUCAGGAUACACCCACAUUGCCUUGGUCACCAAAGACAAAACCACCCAGCAAGCAAGUUGUCCACACAGCAGUGAAGAAGUAUCUCAAUACAACAAAAAGCAGGAGCUACCAGGAUUUCAAAGCUGUUCAGAAAGUCACUGGCAUUGCCAGGCAAUGGUUCCCACAGCUUGAGGACUACAAGCACUGUUGGCCCAUUCUCAAUAUGAUCCACCUUCAUCUCAAGUACCUUUCAUCAAGGCACUGGCAAAAGUGUGUGCAUUGUGCAAUUUUGCUGUGGCUACCAUGUGAUUACAGACAGUUUAUAUCAGUGGCAAACUUUCUCAUGAACACUUUUUCCCUCUUUUCACCACAGUUGUGUCAUAUCCUUUGCACAAUUGAUGACUUGAAGUACAAUGUCUGA